UGGAGCACCAAAAGUUUUUAUUUUUAUGAUUUUAUUGUUUUGCUUGUUAUAUUCUGCCGUUUUAGUAGAGGGCUCCUUGUAUAAAAGCGAUUUAAGGUUAACGUGUACAAUAUUCAAUAAAUUCCAAAAGGAGUUCUGAAGCAAAAUAAAUGUCCAGUUAGUAAUGGCUCAACGAUUCCACAUCUUUGUGCGGUAUAACUCAAGCACCAACAUACCUGUCCAAGUGGACUUGACUUGGACAAUCAGUAGAUUGAAACAGGAAAUAGCAAGACAACAGAAAGUCGAUCCCUCUGGAAUAAGAAUUAUAUUUGCUGGAAGAGAACUCAAAGAUGAUGUAGUUCUAAAGGACUGUGAGAUUCCAAAUCAAAGUAUCAUCCAUGCAGUCCAAGGAGGAGCUACAGGUAUCAGUGUUGACGCUACAACUGUUCCACUCUCUAGCAUCACACUAAAUGAUGAGGGAGGGACAAGCCCCAUUGACUCCAUCCCUGGACCAAGUGCUGCUAGACCUGCACAGUACUAUGUCUACUGCAGGGAAUGUAAGGGUGUUAAACCAGGAAAGCUUAGAGUUGGUUGUACAAUGUGUAAAGAAGGAACAUUGGUUUUGAAUCAGGAUCCUCAAGGCUGGGAAGAUGUCUUACAAAGAGGAAGAAUUAAGGGGGUUUGUCAGAAAAGUGGUUGCCAUGGCAAGACAGCUGAAUUCUAUUUCAAAUGUGGCACACACCGUGCAUCGGAGGGUGAACGAUCUGUUGCAUUAUACCUUAUUAGGACAAAUAUCAGAAAUGUACCUUGUUUAGCCUGUCAAGAAAUCAUGGACCCAGUGUUGGUAUUUCCAUGUGAUGUGGGACAUGCAAUGUGCUUGGAAUGUUUCGGCAUGUACUGUGAAACACGAUUGAAUGACCGACAAUUUGUACAAAAUGAAAAUAUUGGWUACACUUUGCCAUGUCCUGGAGAUACUGACAGCUGUUCAAGUGCCUUCAUAGAAGAAGCUCAUCAUUUUAGGGUGCUGGGACAGAAUCAGUAUGAACGAUAUCAGAGAUUUGGUACAGAGGAGUACGUCCUCCAGACUGGAGGCGUUCUGUGUCCAGGGCCAGGAUGUGGUAUGGGACUGUAUCCUCCUGCAGGAUCGAGGACCAUACGAUGUGAAGGAGGAUGUAGAGGGGAAUUCUGCCGUCAGUGUAAAGAGGCAUAUCAAAGAGGACACGUAUGUCCGACCCAAAGGAGUCAGCCAACAGCUGAAGCAGCUCGUCAAAGUAGGUAUCAAGUAUCCGCUGACAGUGCYCGAAGAGCACGAUGGGAACAGGAAGAGGAAGAAGCUCGAAGUUUGAUACAACAAAUUAGUAAAAACUGUCCAAAAUGUAAAGUAGCAACUGAGAAAAGCGGAGGCUGCAAUCACAUGACAUGCACUCGAUGCAAGUAUGAAUGGUGCUGGCUGUGUUGCAUUCGAUGGAAUCCAGAAUGUCAAAGUAAUCAUUGGUUUAUGCAAGAACGGCGACGUGGACGGAGAUGAUAGACAAGAACUCUUAGUCAGAAAACCGYAAUGAGAUUGAAACGCCUUAUGUACAUUUCUUGUGUUUCACUACCUUGUCCCCAGUCCAUGAGCGAAGUUACGAGAGCCUGGAGACGAGGUUGUGUUUUCAUACUCGAAUAUUCGAAUUCUCCGUUGAAARUUUUUUCUUCRUGAAAUCAUACCUUAAAUGUAUCGCAAUCAAAAUUGAAGUACAAGACAAUUCUUGCAGUUUGACUAUUACACUUUUUUACUCGUAGAUUACUGUUUUUCUUUAACGGACCUAGCAGGACCUAGCCUUACCGAUGUUUCAUUACUUUUACUCACAAUUAUAUUUCGCACUCUAUAUUAUUAUUAUUAUUAUUAUAUGUAAAAUACAAUGGUCAAUUGUCUUAGGUAGCAUAUAUGUAGAUAGCAUAGAAGUCGCUCGUAUUUAGAACGGUCCAUUUAACUUUUGAGAGGGGGGGG